GCAAUGCUUUUAAACUCAUCUGCCGUUGUGUUGGCUUUUCAAAAUACUGUAACUCCCACACGGUCCUCAGGUCCGAGCCGCGCAACCGCUCCAAGUGCAUUUCCUCCAUUUCUUUAUUUCUUUCUUUUAAACUUCUCUUGUGCGGUGUGCAGCAGGAUGUGAUUCAGGAGGCGACGGAGAGCGCACAGAAAGUCUUCCAUGCCGAGAGAGAGAGAGAGAGAGAGAGAGUGAAGAGCUGCAGCUGGGAUCUCGGAUGCGUCUGCGGGACAGACAGUGUGCGUAAAGAUUGGAGUUGAAAGGAAAGCCUGGGAAAAGAAAGGAGCAGAGAGGAAAAGAAAAGGGGGGAAAGGACUUAUCUUCUUCUCUCUUUUUUUUUUUGCAAUCUUUGUUUAGUUUCAUUCAAGAAGGAAAAGAGGAAAAACACAAGACAUCAAGCUGGCUCACUCUCUGCCGGCCCACACCGCGCUCACUGCCGCCCUUCAGCCCCUGUGGAGGAGCGUCACCGGGAAGCGCAUGGCGUCCGAGCUGGCGCUGAGCUCCACCGAGCUGCCCACCAGCCCUCUCGCCAUGGAGUACGUCAACGAUUUCGACCUCAUGAAGUUCGAGGUGAAGAAGGAGCCGGCGGAAAGCGAGCGCGUCGGUUUGACCCAGUGUGGGCGCCUGCUCGCCGGAGGCUCUCUGUCUUCUACACCGAUGAGCACACCGUGCAGCUCAGUGCCGCCGUCUCCGAGCUUCUCAGCGCCGAGUCCCGGUUCAGGGGGCGAACCCAAAGCGCACUUGGAGGACUUUUACUGGAUGGGUAGCUAUGCGCAACAACAACAACAACAACAACAGCAACAACAACAACAUCAACAACAACAACAACAACAUCAACAACAACAACAACAUCAUCAUCAGCAGCAGCAUCAGCAGCCGCCGUUAAACGCAGAAGCUCUCGGGUUCGGCGCUGAGGACGCCAUGGAGGCUCUGAUCAGCAGCGCGCACCAGCUGCACGCCUUCGACGGCUACGCGCGGGCGCAGCAGUUCCCCGCUGCAGAAGAAGUCGGGCCGGCCGUGGUGUCAGCCGUGAUCGCUGCCACGGGUCCUCACCAUCAUCACCACCACCAUCACCAUAACGGCAGCAGCAGCAGCAGUAGCAGCAGCAGCAACAGCAGUGCGCAUCCAUCGAAUAACCAUAACCAUCAUCAUCACCAGCAGCAGCAGCACGCAAACGCGCACGCACACGCGCACGCACACGGGCACGUGGAGGAGCGCUUCACGGACGAGCAGCUCGUCACCAUGUCGGUGCGCGAGCUGAACCGGCAGCUGCGCGGCGUCAGUAAGGAGGAGGUGAUCCGGCUGAAGCAGAAGCGGCGGACGCUGAAGAACCGCGGAUACGCGCAGUCGUGCCGCUUCAAGCGCGUGCAGCAGCGUCACGUGCUCGAGGGCGAGAAGACGCAGCUGCUGCAGCAGGUCGAGCACCUCAAGCAGGAGAUCGCGCGCCUCAUGCGCGAGCGCGACGCCUACAAGGAGAAGUACGAGAAGCUCGUGGGCAGCGGCUUCCGCGACAACACCGGCUCCAGCAGCGACAACAACCCGUCCUCCCCAGAGUUUUUCAUGUCUUCCAGAAAGUUCCUUCACCUGUGACUGUGACCCCGCCCCCAAAACCCCGCCCUGAAGAAUGAGCCAAAGAAAUGCCAUUAUUCAACAGCUAAUUAAAGAGAAAUCUGACAGGAGGAGACCCCGAGCCUGGUACAGUUCCAGUCGUGACACGUCUUCGCUGUUGGGCCAGAAACCCUGAAAAAAGACUCUCUGCUGCAGAUUGCUCAUCUCCUCCUCCUCCUCCUCCUCCUCUUCCUCGCUUCAGUUUGGAUGUGAUCCAUCACUCCCAGGAAAGCCAACACUCCUCUUUCACAUUUCACUCCCUCCGCUUGCAUCUGAGUCGGAACCACCGGCCACCGAUAAUCACAACAUUAAUAUCUGCACACUUAAGUACUUACUUAUUGAUUGAUUCAUGAAUUUGCUUAUUUCUUUUAAUUCCUUAUCAAGGUUUUCAUAUAUUUUUUGAUGCCCUUAUGU